UCCCUUAUCACGUCUUCCCAAGAAUGCUAAAAGCGGAUGUUUUCUACUCGGCUCACUUCCGGGUAGCUCAGCUAGCUGUUCAGACAAAUCGACUAAUUUGUGACAAUGACAGCACUAGCAUAGCCGACUGAAAAUGAGGAGCAUACUGUUAAUUGCCUUUCUGGCUCCUUGUUGGGUCAACGGUGCAAUUAAGUCAAGAGUUACACCGGAGGAGAAUCACGAAGAAAACCCGGAGUUCGAUGCCCUGAACUCCAUCCUGUCAGAUUUCGAGGUGCUGCCAUUGUCAGGCCUCCAGCUACACUCUGUAAGGAAGAGGGACGUCCACACCCACUCCCACCUGGAGCGCCUGGUGAGCUUCAGAGCCCUGCACAGACAUUUCAAGCUUUACUUGACCACCAACACAGACCUUUUCACUGACAACUUCAAAGCUGUGUUUGUUGAUAAACAUGGGAGGGAGGAGAACUACGAUGUUCAGCUUCAGAACUAUUUCACUGGACAUGUUGUUGGAGAGGAGAAUUCACGUGUGCAGGCUCACAUAGAAGGAGAUGAGUUUUCUGCUCAUAUUCUAACCAGUGAAGCAGAAUACAAUGUAGAGCCCCUGUGGAGGUUUACAGAUUCCCCGACUGAUGGCAGGUUGCUGGUUUAUCGCUCAGACGACAUCAGGAACCUGAGCCGCAUCGCCUCUCCAAAAGUGUGUGGGUACGUCCACGCAGAGGCUAUGGACCUGCUGCCACAGACUGCCAGGAGGGAUUGGGAUGGGCAGGAGGAGGUGGACCAGGAAAAGGGGUACCACCACAGAGAGAAGAGACAGGCUCACGAUCACAAGAAGAAUACCUGCCCCCUGUUGCUGGUUGCAGACUACCGCUUCUUUAAACACAUGGGCCGCGGACAAGAGAGCAUCACUCUCAACUACCUGAUUGAGCUGAUUGAUCGAGUUGAUGACAUUUAUAGGAACACAACCUGGGAUGAUGAAUUCAAAGGCUACGGGGUCCAGAUCCAUCAGAUCAUCAUCAACAAGGAGCCUACAAAGCCUCCCCCUGGCCAUGCCGGCACCGGCUGGGUCCACUAUAACAUGGAGAACAGCCCUGUGAGCGGAAAGGAGGUCUGGGACGUGAAGAAACUUCUGGAGCAAUUCAGCUCAGACAUAGCUGACAACGCCUCUACUGUGUGUCUGGCCCACCUGUUCACCUACCAAGAUUUCGACGAGGGCACACUGGGAUUGGCCUACGUGGCCCCCUCCAAACCUCAGGCCCUGGGUGGCCUCUGCCCAAAACCAUACUACCCAUCUCACUCUGUAAAGAAACCCAGUUACCUCAACACAGGCCUGACCAGCACCAAGAACUAUGGCAAAACCAUCCUAACAAAGGAGGCUGAUUUGGUGACCACCCAUGAGCUGGGCCAUAACUUUGGAGCAGAGCACGAUCCUGACAACAUCCCUUACUGUGCACCCAGUGAUGACCAGGGGGGGAAGUUUGUCAUGUACCCUAUUGCUGUGAGCGGAGACCAUGUCAACAACAAGCAUUUCUCCAAAUGCAGCAAGAUCUCUGUAGGAAAGACAUUAAGUUUCAAGGCUCCCUUGUGCUUCAAGGAGAGGAACAGUAAGGUAUGUGGUAACUCCAGAGUGGAGGAUGGGGAAGAGUGCGACCCUGGGCUACUCCACCUCAACGACGACCCCUGCUGCUCAUCCGACUGCAAAUUCAAACAUGUUGCACAGUGCAGCGACAGAAACAGCCCUUGCUGUAAGAAUUGCAAGUUUGAGCAGGCAGGAAAAAGGUGCCAGGAACCCAUUAGUGCGACCUGUAAAGGCAUAUCCUCCUGCACAGGCAACAGCAGUCAAUGUCCACCUCCUGAAAACGCUGCUGACAACACUGUGUGUGUUGACAACGGCCGAUGUCACAAUGGAGAGUGCAACCCUUUCUGUGAGGCCAUGCAGAACCUUCAGUCCUGUGCCUGCAAUGAGACGGAGAACUCCUGUAAAGUGUGCUGCAGGGGAAAAGAUGGCGCUUGCAGUCCCUUCAUCCAGGCCAAUGACAGUUUCCUUUUCCUACGCAAAGGAAAACCCUGUACUGUGGGCUUCUGUGACGGGGCCGGAAAGUGCAUGAAGCAGGUGCAGGACGUAAUCGAGAGGUUGUGGGAUUUUAUCGACAAGCUGGACAUUAACACAUUUGGGAAGUUCCUGGCUGAUAACAUAGUGGGCUCUGUCGUGGUGUUUUCCCUCGUCUUCUGGAUUCCUCUCAGUAUCCUGGUUCACUGUGUGGACAAACGACUUGACCAGCAGUAUGAGGAGAACACAAAGUCCUUGUACUACCCUCCAAGUCAGAUGGUGGAAGUUUGUAGUAGAGCUCCCGCCAUAGAGUCAAGAAAUGUUGAGCAACCUCGAGUCAGCGUCCGUGCGCAUCGUCAAGCCUCCUCAGCCUCCCUCCUCCUCCGCCGGCCGGACCGCGCCCUCCUCCCUGCCCCCGCAGCCUCAGCAGCUGAGCCAGGUCGGGGCCCCUCCCGCGGCCAGCAGCAGUACCCAGGCCCCCGGCCCGAGCUGCGGCCCCACCCCGGACAGCGCAGGGGGGCCACGGAUGGCCACUAUCCAGGAGGACACCAGCAGCGACUCUCACCUGGGAGAGGAGGCCCUGUCGGACGAUUUCACAACCGCAGGAGCCUGCUCGUCGGCUACGAAAUCCUCCUACGAGGAUCUGACAGAACAGAACCCGCCAGCCAGGGACCGGCGGCGCCUCAAGAGGCAGGACUGCAUUGACACUAAAGAGACAGAGUGCUGAGAGUAAACAACCAGUACUGAUAUGUGUUUUAGGGAACGUGCAAAUACGUGCUGCAUCAUAUGCAUUUUUCUUAUCGCAAAUGCCAGACAGUAACUGUUGAAAGGUAAAAUUAUACAUCUUUUUGUAGGUCAGAUUUGGUGUUUAACCGAACUAAGGACAACAUUUCAAGCUCUAUCUGCUUUUGUAAAAUUUAAAAAAAACAAUAAUUGCCCCCCCCAAUGCUUGUGCACAAAGUAGUGUUCAUAGCAAUGCAACCAGUUUGUGCCACUAACAGUUUAACCGAUGAUGAUGAUGAUUUUCCUGUAAAAGGAAACAUUUCAGUGUGAUAUAUUAAGCAGCAGAAGUUUGACUUCAAGGUUACAAGGUUUUGUUCUGAAUCUUUGUGUCAUAACUGCACUAGAAGUAUUUUUCAAAUCACUGGAGAUUUGAAAUAAGUUGUAUAUGUGCUGUGUCAUCAGUGGUUUCUUUUUUGAAAAUAGGGGCUUGUAUAAUAUUUUGACCCCUUUGUACUUACAAUGCAACAUUUUAAUACUGUGCAAGGAUCGAGUGGUAGUCUUUCAGUGUUACAUUAACUUCUGCUGAAACUUUAGGAGAACCUUAUCUUGUAAGACUCCAAUAGACAGAUGGUUAUUUGUCAUGUAUUCUUUCUGUGUGGUUGAUCGCUGUAUGAAACAUGGUGCCUUUUCUGAUUUUGUGCCUAACCGUUCCAAGCCGACUUUCUGUGCAAAAAGACAGGAAAGUUCCCAGUAGAUUAACAUGAAUCUGGACAAUCCUGCGCUUGGUUUUCUGUCUUUGUGCCAAUGUGAGUUCUGCACCUCUUUCACUAUUCAACGCUGUCUCACCACUGUUGCCUACUGUGUCACAUGUUAAAAUGGUAAAAUAUGUAUUUAACAGCAGGUCAAGGAAAAACAGUAGAAAACUGACUACUAGAUAGAUGUGAACUGAUGACAAUAAGCAGAUGUCCUGUGUCAUAUAUUCUGAUGAUGUGUAUAUUCUUAAUGUUUCUAUGCUUAGAAAUGUCCACCCGUGAGUUCCCUUUUUUCUUUUUUGCUUGUAUUACCUACACACAUCUCAAAAUAAAAAUCUUUAUUGUGCAUUUUAAA